GGAACAACGAAUUUUGGGUGAGCCAGCCCCGCCAGUGGAAAGAGGACUGGAUUCCGAGAGCGACAAGCAAGCAGCUAGAGAAGUCUCAGAGUCUGUCUGACUGACUGACUGACACCCUCUCUCUCUCCCACCCAGCCAUCCCACCACCACCCCCAGCUGCAGCCGACAGGAACAACCCCUCCUGGUCCUGUGCUCCCGCCGAAAGAAAAAGAGAGACGAUUAAUUAAUCAAGCCUCUCCCACCCUCGCCCGACCCACGCGACAAGACCGAUCAAACCACAGCCAAGAUGGAGGACAACACCACCGUCGCCGAGUACGACCUGCUGCCGACGCUCGUCACCAAGCUCGACCGGCACCUGAUCUUCCCGCUGCUCGAGUUCCGCCGCGGCCAGCUGGAGAACGAGGACGGCGUGUCCAAGGACGAGGCCAAGUCGCGCGAGCUGCUCAAGGCCACCUACGAGCUGCUGCGCAAGACCAACAUGACCGACUACGUCGCCAACCUGUACUGCGACCUCGAGGGCCUGCAGGACCCACCAAAGGAGUACGCCGACAAGAGGCAAAAGGUCAUCGAGACCCUCGAGGCCUUCGAGGACACCACGGGCAAGAUCCAGGAGCUGCUGGGGCGCGAGGACGUCGUCACGAACCUGCGGAGCGACAAGGUUGCCAACCUGGAGUUCCUCAAGAAGGAGCAUGAUGUCACGAUCGAGAUGGUCAACGCCCUCUACGACUUUGGUAACUUCAAGUACAGCUGCGGCGACUACGGCGGGUCCGCCGACCUCCUCUACCAGUUCCGUGUCCUCUCCACCGACAACGACAAGGUGUCGGCCGCCACGUGGGGCAAGCUCGCCUCCGAGAUCCUGUCUACCAGCUGGGACUCGGCCCUCGAGGAGCUGAUGAAGGUCAAGGAGAACAUCGACACCAAGCUCUUCAACAACCCCCUCGCCCAGCUGCAGCAGCGCACCUGGCUCAUCCACUGGGCCCUGUUCCCCCUCUUCAACAGCGACACCGCCCGCGACCCCCUCCUCGACCUCUUCUUCUCCCCCGCCUACAUCAACACCAUCCAGACCUCGUGCCCCUGGGUGCUGCGCUACCUCGUCGCCGCCGUCAUCACCGGCCGCGGCCGCUCCCGCAACUCGGGCGUCCAGCAGAAGCAGCUCAAGGACAUAGUCCGGAUCGUGCGCCAGGAGGCCUACGAGUACACCGACCCCCUGACCGAGUUCGUGCGCGCCCUCUUCAUCGACUUCGACUUUGACGACGCGCAGCGCCAGCUGGGCCGCGCCGAGGAGGUCCUGCGCGCCGACUUCUUCCUGGCCGGCGGCGUCGACGCCUUCGUCGACAACGCCCGCCACCUCAUCUUUGAGAGCUACUGCAAGAUCCACGCGCGCAUCGACAUCAAGGGCCUGAGCAAGACGCUCGGCCUCGACAACGAGGCCGGCGAGAAGUGGAUCGUCAACCUCAUCCGCGACACGCGGCUCGACGCCAAGAUCGACUCGAGCGAGGGCACCGUCGUCAUGAACCACCCGCCCAGCAGCGUCUACCAGCAGGUCAUCGAGAGGACCAAGGGCGGCUUCUUCAGGACCCAGGUCCUCAGCGCGGCGGUGGCCAAGUAGAUGUGAAUUGAAUGUAAUCGAGGCGAGGCGGCUCGGUAGAGAGAGAGACGAGAGACGAGAGACGAAGGGAAGGAAGAAGACGAAACAAGAAGGAGACUAAAGAGCAUGCAUGGGGCGGCAAGGGGGACGACAUGUGGACGGACGGGGCAUGAACCAAGCGUGAACACCCAAGCUUUUGAACAAUUGACAGACAGGUCGGAGCUUUUUUGCACGUUGUAUUCCAAGGUACGGGGGCAAAAAGGCAGGCGUUUUAGGGCAAGAAAAGGGGACUGGCCCCCUCCCCUUGGGAAAGCUUGUUUCCCGAAGAGGGGCCCGCGACUGUCGCCGGUUGUCGGUCGACAAUGAAUAGACAAAAUACCUACCUUACCAGUAUCCCCGAGGCCCCGCGCGACGGACGGGGAGGGGAGGGGAGUUGCCUGGCUCUCGCGCACACACACUAUGCCAGGGGUGGAUGCUACGCGUCUGACAAACCAGCACGCACACGCACGCGCGCGCGCACAGCAUGGCUGGCUGGCUUGGCUGUAUUUUUCGCAUAGGGCCGCUGUCGAUCAGUGGGACAGCGUUGAAGCCGCGUGGGUGAGUCGCCUCGAGCGAAGCGUUGAUGCCUGCCUGCUUGGGGCUCUGGGGACCCCCCCCCCUGCUCUGUCAACGACGGACGGACGGACGGGCGAGGAUUACGGAGCUCAGAGCUGUCCAGGGUAGUAUACUCGCCUGUCUGUCUGUCUGCCUCUGCCUGUCUGUCUGGCCUGGGAUUAUCUGCAGGCCCACCAGAAGGGAAACAUAUCAACACGAUGAAGCGAUAUGCGCUGAAUCUUCUUGAAGGAGUCGCACAUCCGUGUAGUAUGUUGAUGAGCUUGAUGUAGACAGACAUGAGUUGCUAGUAGCGGGAGGGCACCUGGGCUGAUAGGCAGGCAGGCGCCUGAGGCAGGCAUACCUAGGUAGAUAUCGAGACGAGAGAGAGAGGAAGGAAAAAGGGAUAUCUUGAAUAAAGCGGCGAAGCAAGUACCCUGAGAACGUGACUGGCAUGCAGGAGGGAUCCCUACAUCUAGACUCGCCCCUGGCCUGCCCUGCCCUGACUUCAUCCACGACAUCCCGUCAUCCCAUUCAUGCGGUGCUAUACAGAACAGUCGGCAUAUCCAUCCCCUCAGCGGGCGGUCUUGGUUUGACUAGAGAUUGGAGAAUGGGAAUCCCCAACGAGGGAAAAUUGAAUGCACCUCCA